AUUUUACUCAGUUUGAAGUUGUACAUUCUCGGUUAAACAUAACGGACAGUAGACCGCUUAAAAUGGGUAAACUUGUGUUAUACGGUAUCGAUGCCAGUCCACCAGUACGUGCUUGUCUACUGACACUCAAAGCAUUAGAUUUACCUUUCGAAUAUAAACAAGUUAAUUUAUUGCAAGGUGAACAUCUUUCCAAAGAAUAUUUAGCCAAAAAUCCACAACACACAGUGCCCACCUUAGAAGAUGAUGGACACUUCAUUUGGGAUUCUCACGCAAUUAUAGCGUAUUUAGUACGUAAAUAUGGCAAAGAUGAUAAAUUAUAUCCAAAAGACUUUCUUAAACGCGCUGUUGUCGACCAACGUUUACAUUUUGAAUCCAGCGUCGUUUUCGUAGGCGCCUUGCGUAAUAUCACAUAUCCUCUGCUUUUCCUCAACGAAACCAAAAUUCCUCAAAGCAAAAUCGAUAAUGUCAUUAAUGUUUAUAAACUUUUGGAAACAUUCCUACAAAAUCAUCCAUAUGUCGCUGGUGACCAGUUAACAAUUGCUGAUUUCAGUCUUAUUUCAACAAUUUCUUCAGCAGUUGGUAUACUUGAAAUCAAGGAGAGUGAAUAUCCUAAAGUGAGUGCUUGGAUCAAACGUAUGGAGAAGUUACCCUACUACCAAGAAGCAAAUGCUAAGGGUGCGGAAAUGCUGAUUGGCAUGUUUAAAUCCAAGAAUUUCACAAUUGUGCCUUAAAACCCAUAACUGUUCAAAGCAUUUUAAAAUACUUAUUUUUUAAUGAAUAAUAAAAACAAACCUUUUAAACUAUAAA